GGGGCUUAGUAAUUAGCAAAACGGCGUCGUUUUAAAUCAGCUCCUUGCCGUCUUCUGCCAACACAGACUAGAUUCGAGAGGAUCUGAUGAUGAAUCUGUCUUCUCGUUAGUUCUUCGAUAAUAGUUCUUGGUUUUGAAGGUUGAAAUAAUUCGAUUAGAUCGAUCUCGAACGUUUAGGUGUGUGUAUAUCCACCAUAUUUACGGUUGACCGUCGUUUUGCGUUAUUUGAUCGCAACUCUUCGCCGGCAAAAUUGGACGGAGAAGAUGAUGAGGAUGUCGUCAAUGGGUCUAGUAGCGCUGUUGAUCGUUCUCGAGUUAGCAUCUCACCUCAAUUUUGGAUUAGCUUCCCAAUCUACUGUUCCUGCUUUCCUCUGGUCUCCGCAUCUCCAGUCUUCUAAUGGUGAAAUGAACGAGGCUGUAAAUUAUCGGGUCAUGUCUGCAAAGGAUCUAGUAGGUUCCGUUUUCAGACAAGGAGGCUGGUCUAGUUUUCUGUGCUCAGAGAAAAAACUUGAGCAACCUGUUGAUGUGGCACUCGUGUUCAUUGGCAGAGAGUUACUAUCUUUGGAUGUUUCUUCAAACCAGAACCCGGAUCCUGCACUUGUUAACACAUUGAAGAAUCUGUACACAGCUUCAAAUUUCUCUUUGGCGUUCCCAUAUAUUACUGCACCAGAGGAGGAAAUGAUGGAAAACUUGUUGCUUUCAGGGCUUAAAGAAGCUUGCCCUCACAAUGUAGGAUUCAGCAGCAAUAUCGUGUUCUCAGAGUCGUGUUUUGUUGAGGAUGGGACAGUUCGGAAACUAUCAAACGUGCAGUCUUUCAAAGACCAUUUGGUUGCUAGAAAAGAAACGAGAAAAGAAGGGGAAACCGAUUUGGUUGUGCUCUGCUCUGAGGGAUCUGAAUCAUCAAUUCGAUCUGACCAGUCACAUUCAGAUCGUGAAAUCAUAUCUGAGCUUGUUAGUUCAGUGGAGCAAUCUGGAACUAAAUACGCAGCGCUAUAUGUUUCUGAUCCUUAUUGGUACACUUCAUACAAAACCCUCCAAAGGUUUUUGGCUGAAACCGCCACAGGAAACACCACAGUUAAAGCUACUACAACCUGUGAUGAACUCUGCAAGUUCAAGUCAUCACUCUUGGAGGGUAUCUUAGUGUCUGUGUUGAUAAGGUCUGUUGCCUCUUCUCAGGGAAUCGUUCUGCUUAUCAUCUUGAUAAGUGGACUUUGUUGUAUGGCGGGAAUCGACACACCGACUAGAUUCGAGACUCCUCAAGACUGA